CUUUUAUUUAAUAUCAUGCGGUGUUGAAGAAAAUAUAAAAAACAGUGAUUGAGACCAUAAAGUCGUUAGGAAAACAUCGACUGAGGUUAUAAAUCAACUUAGAAGAAGACACAUUUUCUCAUAUUCUACUAUCAGACUUAUUUCUGCAACCAGUGGAGUCGUCACCCCGAGGAAGAAGUUCACACAAAGGGGUUUUCCUUUCACCAGGAAGCGUCUCAGCCCAGUUUGAACGCUCCGUCUCCAACACAGAACAGACAGUUUUGUUUGCAGUCAGAGCGAGGGUCUGCUCUGUGAAAGGAUCCUCUGAUGAAGAGUUGUGCAGAGAGGCGGUGCAGCUGCAGCCUCUUCCUCCUCCUCAGCUCUCAGAUGGGUGCUGCUUGUGUUCAGCUCCUGUUGGCUGCCACCCUGUGGACGACGCCCUGCAUGAGAGCCACUGCUGCUGCCCCCUCUGAGCUAUCGAGCUCCACAGAGCUGCUUAACACAACUGAGACGCAGACAGACCUCGGGGGGCUCACAGGAGCUGUGGGUGCUCCUCUCAGGAGACAUAAACGAGCCGUUUCAUCCAGAGAGAUCAACGCCCUGCUGGAUUAUCACAACAGAGUCCGCUCUCAGGUUUUCCCGCCAGCAGCCAAUAUGGAGUUCAUGCUCUGGGACGAGAGUCUCGCUAAGUCAGCUGACUCUUGGGCGUCGCGAUGCGUUUGGGAUCACGGACCGACACAAGCCAUGAAAUACAUCGGACAAAACCUGUCAAUCACCUCAGGAAGGUACCAGUCCAUCACUGAUCUGGUGCGGUCUUGGUACGAUGAGAGGAAUCACUUCUCCUACCCGAACAGAUGUACAGGAUCUGUGUGCUCUCACUACACACAGAUGGUUUGGGCGAGCUCUAACAGAGUGGGAUGUGCCGUCAGAAGAUGCUCAAACAUGUUUGUGUUUGGGAAAACUUGGAGGGAGGCGACGCUGCUCGUCUGCAACUACUCCAUAAAAGGAAACUGGGUGGGAGAGGCUCCCUAUAAGAGCGGCAGGCCUUGUUCUGUCUGUCCGUCGAGCUAUGGCGGCUCCUGCUGGAGAAACCAGUGUUCACCAAACACAAAACACAAAAAACACACGAGAUAAUAACACAAAAGAGAGAUUCAAAUGUGCUUUAAUGGAAGACAGAAGAAACACAUAAGGUCACAUAAACAUCAGGACUUUCAGUUUUAACAAACACUGGGCUGUGCAGCAAAAUGAAACAUCAGUCCAGUAGCCACUAUGACAACAGAAACCUUUUAUUAAUGUGUACAAAUGUUUAUUUUUUUUACCUCUGUUGGUCAUCAACCUGUCCAUUUCUAAGUAAUACUUGUUUUAAACUUCUUAAGAGUGUAUGCACUGUUAUUGUUAUUUUAUGGUCAAACUGAAGCACUUUUCUUGUACAGAUUAAACUUACUGUGACUGUA